AUGGCUGAUUCAGUAGCGGCCGUCAAUUUGUUCCGAGUAGAUGGGUUAAUCGCUGUAAUUACCGGCGGAGGGACUGGUAUCGGUGCCAUGAUGGCCACAGCCCUGGCAGAAAACGGUGCAUCAAAGGUUUACAUCGUAGGGAGACGCCUGGACAAACUCCAAGAGAUGGCCUUGAAAUAUCCGGACGUCAUCACCCCCCUCCCAGCAGACGUAACCUGCCAAGCCGACCUAAAACGAAUCGCCGAUCUCGUUGCCACAGAAGUAGGCUACAUCAAUCUCCUAGUGACCAACGCUGGCAUGUCCGGCCCCAUGCUCGAAGAUCUGAAGCCCCGAUACACACUCACAGACUUCGUACAACAUGCUUGGGCGACUCCAAUUUCGGAGUUCACUGCGACGUAUGAUCUCAAUUGUAGUGCGCUCUACUACACCGUCUUAGCAUUUAUGGAGCUUCUGGACGCCGGAAAUAGACAGCCAAAGGGUUUGUACACGGGCGGAAAAUCACAAGUCAUAGCGACCGCUUCCACGGCUUCUUUCCUCCGACACCCGAGAGCUGGAUAUGCAUAUCUGAGUUCCAAAGCUGGAGUCAUAAGUUUGAUCAAGUCGCUUUCUUCGUUUUGCGUCCCGUGGGGGAUCCGGUUCAAUGCUAUUGCAGCGGGAUUGUUCCCCUCGGAUAUCGCAGAAGUGUUGUUCAAGAAGUAUAUCAUUGAUCCGAAGAAAUCUUUGACAGAGGAAGGCGUGUUCAGUAGAAGUUAUCAGCCAGCGGAGAGAGCAGGGAGUAUCGAAGACAUGGCGGGAUUGAUUUUGUACAUGGCAGGACGCGCGGGCGCCUUUUUGAAUGGCAGUGUUAUGUUGAGUGAUGGUGGAAAAUUGGGAACUAUGCCUGCAACUUAUUAG